AUGUCUUCGUGCAAAGCUAUUGGAAUCGACCUCGGUACGACAUAUUCAUGUGUUGGAGUCUACCAGAAUGGAAAGGCAGUUUUCAAGUUUGUUUCUCAUUCUGAACGUGUCAAAUGUGUGGAUAUUCAUCCGGACCAUCCAUGGGUUCUGACUUCUCUUCAUUCUGGAGUCAUUCAAAUAUGGAACUAUGAAACUAAAACAUUAGUCAAAGCUAUUGAGAUUUAUGAAAAAUCAGUGAGAUCUUCUAAAUUCAUUCCAAGAAAAAAUUGGAUUUGUACUGCUUCCGACGACGGACUAAUCCGAAUUUUCGAUGUUCAAUCAUUUGCUCUUCUCCACGUAUUUGAAGCUCAUUCUGAUUUCAUUCGAUCUAUUACCAUUCAUCCAACUCUUCCAUAUAUCAUAUCAGCUUCAGAUGAUAAAACUAUCAAAGUUUGGGAUUGGGAAAAAGAAUUUCGUUUGGAGCAACAAUUCGAUGGACACCUGCAUUAUAUCAUGCAAAUUGCAUUGAAUCCAAAUGACUCCAGUAUUCUUGUCAGUGCUUCUUUGGAUAAAACUCUCAAAAUUUGGAAUCUUAGAGAAGAAAAGGAAAUCGCAACAUUGAAUGGACAUCAGAAAGGAGUGAAUUGUGUUGCAUUCAUCGGAGAUUCCACAAUUAUUUCUGGUUCUGAUGAUAACUCAAUUCGCUUCUGGAACUAUCAAACGAAGCAGUGUAUCGAUUGUUUGGAAGGAGCUCAUCAAAACAAUGUUACUUUCCUGGCAACCGUUAAAGAAUGGAUCAUUAGUGGGUCAGAAGACAACUUUGUCAAAAUUUGGAAUACAAAAUCUCAUCGUUUGGGAAAAGAGUUGAACUUCGAAAUGGGAAGAGUUUGGAGCAUGUGUAUCAAUGAUUCGGAUGUCUUUUCUGUGGGUUUCGAUUCAGGAGCUGUGGUUUCAAAGAUUUGA